GUCCAUCGUCGACGCCAGCACGUGGUAGCGCGCUCAAGGCGCAGAAGAAGACGUUCACGCUGCACGCGGUGCACGCGUCGUGCUCCUAGGCUCGCUACUGCAGAGAUAACGGCGUCUAACCCUUCGCCACGAAGCCUAACCGUUCUGCAGUCCCCGGAACUCGGCAGCACUGCAUCGCUGGGCCUAAGGAGAAACAGUGAACAUGUCGAAGAGGCCGCCGACGAGCGAUGGGCAGGUCAUCAAGGCCAAGGAAGCCGCCGACCGUCGCCGUCCUAAGCGGCUGCGUCGGGAGGACACGGUCGCUCAGACCACCUCUGCCUCUCACGCAAUUGGCUACGAGAGCGAAAUAGGACCGGAUCCUUCGACACGCACAGCGCAAAUCGAACGCACGACAGCUUCGCCGAGUCGCGGACGCGGGACGCAGAGCAGCGACAAUAGGCUGCACGAGCAGGUACCUAGCGCCCCGGUAGACACUGCGCACCGUUCCCGUCGCAUUCGCCUCCCAAGCAAGCCGUCGGAGAAGUCCAAGUAUCAAUACAGCGGACCCGCGCUCGACACGACGGCGACCAGCAAGGCGAAGCUACCGAAAGGCGCCGAUAACGCACGCAAGAAGCCGGGUUCGGUACACGACAGACAGACGACCAAGCAAAAAGGUCAGGCAGGCCAGGGCGGCCUCCGGGACCGACGAGCUAAUCCCCCCGCGGAUGCCGGUGGCAUUAACCCUGACCAGGUGCAGUCGGCGACAAGAGCGGACAAGGUGGACGAGUUGUCGACCACCCAAUCUUAUUUGGCAACCUUCUACACUCCGGCCACCACGUUAGCGACCGCUCUGGCCGUACUGUCGGGCCCUGAGCAACAGUCGCAAAUCGUAGACAGAAGUCCCGGUGCUUUCUGCGCCAUGUCUGCGGCUUCAACUGUCAAGAGCGCUUCGGACCAACAGGGGCAGUCGUCGACGGAUCAUUCAGCCAACCAGGAGCAGACCAGUCCGGCUCCAGACGUUUGCAGAGCAAGCUCCUCUGGUGCAACUUCAGGGGAGAUCGAGAAACAGGUAAGCGGAUCUGUUUCCCAGGGUCUCAAACAACCUGUAGCCAAGGCGCUUGUGGAAGUUCCAUCGAUCGUGAGUGCAUCCCACUAAUCUGUUGUUCUGAGUAAU